AUGCUUUUUAAGCUUAGCCCAAACAUGGUGUACCUCAUUCGGUCCAACAACAGCUACCACCUGAUAUCCUACUCAGGCCCGUGUCUUUCACGGGACAUAACUGAACCCGCGACCUGGUUCUCUGUUUUUCUCUGUUUCAUCAGGAUGUCAGCAAAUAAUCACGUGUUCGUGGCAUGGGAAGAGCGUAUUAUUUCUAAAGAAAAGGGCAACCGAGUUGUUCACUACUAUUUGAAUGAAUCCAAUGGGAAUUCAGUCAUUGCCGUUGUGGGGACUGAAAAGAGCUUAAGGCACAUGAUCUAUGUUGUUUCAGAGGACUUUGUAAUCUAUUACGGGUGCACAAGAACAGUCCGUGCUGGCGCAAAAUGGCGAGCGAGACGAGAUGUUGUGGAAUGGCUCACAUCAAUAGUCUCAAGAGGCCAACCAAUCUCGACUACUCCAGAUCCACAAACACUUUGCUCGAAACAAUCUCUGGUAUCCAGUGGAAUCGCGAUGGCUAGUUUCUCUAAUCGUUCGAGCCGCCAGGGAGAUGAAGUGAUCCAAGUCUCAAGAAAAUUGAAUGUCCGAAAUCCAAAUACCGAGUGGAAAGGUGAUGCUUGGAUCUGCAGUAAACAGCUUAAGCAUUAUCCAGGUUUUUGCAGGAAUGGAACUGAGAUAGCUGUUUUAUCCUUUGUAUUGAUAAUGGGAGAAGAAGGAAGUCGCUAUCUUGGUUAUCUGGAAGACUUAUAUGAGGAUAAACAUGGCAAGAAAAUAGUUAAUGUGCAGUGGUUUCAAUUUGAGGAGGAAAUCAUCGAUAUGAUUCCUCACGUAAAUGCACAUCCUAGAGAAGUUUUCAUCACUCCUCAUAAGCAGGAGAUCAGUGUAGAGUGUGUUGACAGUCUAGCUGCAGUUUUGACUCCUAAUCAUUUCCAAAAAUGUUUGGCUCAUUUCAUGCAAGUCUUUCCGUUGGGAAUUUUUAUGUGCCAUAAAGAAUUCAAAAACGACAAGGUCAAGCCCUUCUCUGUAAGUAAAUUACGUGGUUACUACAAUCAACCAAUCCUAUCCCAUCUGGAUUCCAGUUUCUCCCGGACAAGAAAUGAGGGACAUAAACUAAGUGAAGAGGCAGCAAAGUGUUGGCCUCCUAUCCCGAGAUUGAAAAUCAAAAUGUCGAGUAAGGAACCUAUUUGUAUUGAUCUUGUCGAGCCUGAAGCCCAACUUCAAGUGCAAUCUAAGGUGAAUGCAAAUAUAGAGCUUCUUUGUCAGGAUAGCGGCAUGCGAGGCUGCUGGUUUAGGUGUAAGAUCUUGCAGUCACUAGAAAAAUGUAUGAAGGUUCUAUACUACGAUGUCCUUGAUGUUGAUGGACCUGCAAAACUGGAAGAAUGGUAUCCGGCAUCUAGAGUGGCAGCUCCUGAUAGCUUGGGCAUGAGAUGUGAAGGCCGCCUUACUGUCCGUCCUUGGCCUUCUGAGGAGGAUUCUUCAGGUAGUUAUUUUGUGGUCGGAGCAGCAGUCGAUGCAUGGUGGAGUGAUGGUUGGUGGGAAGGUGUUGUGAUUGGAUGCGACACCAUUCAACCAGAUAAUCUUCAAGUUUACUUCCCUGGUGAGAACAAGUUUAUGACUAUCCCAAGGAAAAAGACAAGGACUUCAAGAGAUUGGGUUGAUAACAAAUGGGUGGAUAUAAAGCCAAAGCGCGAUAUACUUACUUUCUUAUCUCCAACUGUCAUCCCAGUUGUGAAUCUUCCAUCUUUCCCAACUUCUCCCAGUUGUAAACCUAACUUCAAAGCUCUCACUUCUUCAAAAUGUAAAGGUUCCGAAGAUGAUAAGUUAGUGCUACCAGAUUCAGUCACAUCUAUAGGUGCUAAGAGGCUUAACAUGAGGAACCGACUUGUUAUCAAGGACGACGAGGACAGGGUUCAUACUCUUGCUCAUGCUGCAAUCAAGGGGAAAGCUGUGAAGAAAUAG